AACCCAUCCCUUACCCCCCAGUCUGCCACGCGCGUAUGUUGGGUGAGGAGAGGCAGUGUGUGUGUGUAGUGUUGCCGCGCAGACUGCUGAUGCUGGCAUAUAACCCUUCUCGAGGAAGACACCUUACCUCACCACUCUACAGGAGGAGAGGAUAGAGCCGCGUGGGAUACUCCUUUUACGCCUUAGAAUACAAACAUUAACAUUUUUAUUUUGAAAUAAGUGAAUGCUAUUAAUCCAGUAGUGAUGUUCUAGUGAAUCUAAUGAGGAAUAAACAAAAACUAGUGAAUUUAUCAGCAGUUUCUAUAGCAACAGUCAGUGAAAACCCAUCUGAAGACACAGCUUUGAGUUAGUCUCUUAUAUUGCUGCAAGAAAAUACACGGCUUGGUCAAAAAUCAAACCUUAUAUGACAGUGUUUUUUUCCGUGGUGAACAUUAUUAUUGGAGUUUGCCAGCAAUACAGUAUUGGGAAUUGUAUCGCAGGUUGAGAAUAUGCAGAAUUUAAGAGGAUUUUGGCCAGUAAAUAAAGAAACAACAGAAAAAAUGAAUGGAAAUAAAUCAAACAAUGUAGUCCAUGAAAAUGAGAUGCUGAAGCACAAAGUUUUCAAGAUUGAGAUGGAAAAUGUUGCUCAGCAGAGACGUCUGCAGAUACUGGAGAAGAUGGUAAUGGAGUUGACAUGCAGUAGAUCCCCAUCACAUGUACUUGACAUUCGCCGCCACCCUUCUUUCAGUGAAUCUCUUGGUCGGGACAAGUUUGUGGAAUUGACUGAAGGAAUACACAGAAAGGAUGAAUUUGAACAGGAUUGCAUGAAUAAUGGUAAUCAGUUGUCAGGAGAUGUGGCAAGCCUCAUGGAAGAGUUUGACAGAAAAGGCAGGGAAAAUGGACUUGUAUAUGGCAUGACUCACAGUACUUGUAGUAGCAGUGUUACAGAUUCAGGAGAUUUAGAAGAAGCUAGAGGCUUACGUUGCCCCCCAUCACCCUGCCUCACCAUUUCAAGUGCAUGUUCUGAAAAUGUAUCUAGAUCUCCAUUACCAUCUUUCCUCACACCUUCAUAUCAACAGAGUCAGAAUUCAAACCUUAAUACGUAUUCUGAUAAUGAUCCUCGGAUAUCUUCACCACAGUUGUGUCUCACAACACCUGUCCUUCUCACCACUGAGGCUUUAAAAGAAGCUGAAAAACUUCAGGAUUGCAAUCAAGCUUUUGAACCGAAGAGUGAUCAAAUGCCAUAUGUUUGCAGUGAAGCUGUGGCCUCUCCUUUACCUGCUUCUGCCUCUGUUCAGGGCAACUUUCUUGGAAAGUCAGCCUUGACCCUUACGUUGGGCAGUAAAGUUAGCCCCUUCUCCAACCUCCUUGCGGGUUGGCAUCAAGCCACACAUAACCGAACUCGAAACCAUUCCAAUAACGACUGUUGGCCGAUUAGAAGAGAAAAAUUUGGGAAUUUAGAGGAUGAGGCAACUUCGAAAGAAGGGUUUAGCAGUCCGAGGAGCAGUGUGUCUGGCCGUAUUCGCAACUGGAGCCAUUCCCUUAGACUUCCUAUGCUCUCCCCACUAACGGAGAGUCGCUGUAGUGACUUGGAAACACAAGGUUCAGAUGGGGAUUUCUUUACUGAGUUGAUGUUCAAUCUAGCUGAGAACGAAGAUGAGGAGGCAUCGGAUGAAGAGGACUUGGUGGUGGAUGAGGUCAUCUCUCUUUCGAUGGCUGGAGGCAGCCGACAGCGGUCGGAGUCAUUCUGCUCCAUCAUUGGUCCCUGUAUUUCUCCGGACCUUCUUCUGGAUACGAAAAAGGGUUCAGAUGGGGAUUUCUUUACUGAGUUGAUGUUCAAUCUAGCUGAGAACGAAGAUGAGGAGGGUUCAGAUGGGGAUUUCUUUACUGAGUUGAUGUUCAAUCUAGCUGAGAACGAAGAUGAGGAGGCUUCUGAAGAGUUGGGAGUUCUUCAGGAUACAAGAGGACCCACUCUGAAGACAGAAGAUCUGAUGUUGGCAGAAAGGGAAGAGCAAGAGCUGGUGUGCCCUGUUGAGGACUCAAAAGCAGGUCUUGAAGUUACUAAAUAUAUAGAACUUGAGGGAAUUAAAUCUCAAGUAAUCGAAGAGAAGGCUGUACCCGGCAACAAAAUACUGCACUUGGACGGCAAAGAUGUGAAACUUCCCGCUGGGUCUAUUGUCUUGGCCAUGGUGAACGAGUCUGGUUCCUUAGUCCCUCUGCCUCAGCUGCAGGUCACUCCACAGUCUCUCUCGUGCACGCUAAACACCACUGCACACGAAAAGGUUUUUGACGAAGAGAUUGAUAUUGAGACUGUGAUGGAAAGAACACCAGUUCUGGAGGCUGGUGACCUAGAUAGCCUUUUAGCUCAGUUUGAGGCCUCAGAAGCAGUUAACAAGCCAGGUGGCAAGUGUCUUGAGAUAGUGAAUGAAAGAAAGAACAGUGAACAGCCAAAAUCUGUAGGAUUUGUGUCAUCUGUGGAAAGUAGCAAGCGACCUGCAGCCUCGGGAAGUGUCUCGAGUAAUGCGCUGCAGGCCUCUCCUACUCAUCAAAAUAUUAAAGAUGCACUUCCUAAAGAGAUCAUAGAGAAGAUCAAAGCAUCAACUAAGCGCAAGAGUACAAAAAUGUUGUCUGAACCAUUGAUUGUUCACAAAGGACGCGGUGUCAAGCAGGUGGACAUAAACCAGCCACAUAGCAAAGCUCAUCGUGCAGCACCUCGUACUGAUACUGCUACUUCCACCACCACCACUACUCAGCAGAGCAAGACAGAUGUAUUUGUGCCCGCUCCAUUAGAUCAUGACUACUGCUGCUCACCCGAAAAACAAAAGAAAAACAUACCAAGUGAAAAUGUUAGCGUUGUAGGUGAUGGUCUAUUCAACAAACUACCAGAGUACUAUACAGCCAUUCCUAGAUGGGACACUAAGAAGCCAAGUAUAUCAUCUGACGAUGGUCAAGAUGAUGGUGGCAAGAAAGACAGUGGAGUUGAAUCUGGUGAUGUUAGUGAUGCCAGCAUUGAAACAGAGGAACGUAAGAAGGAGAGUAAAGAUUCUAUAAAUGCAUGUGAGGAAUGGAUGAACAGACAGGGGGAGGAAACCAAGACUAACUAUAAAGAUGACGUGUACAACAAGUUACCAGCUUAUAUGACCGAUAUUGGCAAUAUCAAACCCAAAGAAGAACCUGAGGGAGAUGUGAAUAGUGAUAGGGAGAAAGAAAGAGAAACAAUUGCAGCAGAUAAACCACAGGUGAAAGUAAUUAAGAGGAAGCUUAAUUUAUCAGAAUACCGUCAAAGAAUACAAAGCACACAGAGCAGUCGCUGUCCCUCGCCUGCUCAUACUGAUUUCACUCAAAAUGCCCCCAGUAGCACUCCUUUGCAAGUAUCUGAACUAGUAGGAAAAAUGGAGAAUGUAAAGACUGAAAAAAUAGAGGAAGAACGGUUGGAAGGGUCUGAAAAUAACACAAGUGGCCACGAGACGGUGGAAGAUGAAAUGGAAGAAGGGGAGUUAAAAGGAGACUCCGAACCAGAAACCACAGUUAAUCAAGACAAGGAAAAUGUUAGUACUGGAUGUGUUGAGAACCUCCCUACUGGAAUAACUCAGACUCUAAAGGAGAUUGGAAUUAAGACCCUAGAUAAAUCAAUAUCUGUUAUUACCAAACCAUCUUACAGCAACUCUACCUCCAUAAUCUAUGAUGGGCGAUGGAAAAGCACUUCCCGCACAUUUGCAAGAAGGUGGUCAUCUUCUAGCAGGAGCAGAAGUCGUAGCAGAAGUCCUGCACAGACUAAAAAGCACGGCUCAAGAAAGCACAGAUCCAGGGGCAAGAGGAGGAGAACGCGCAGAUAUUCUAAUUCAUCGCAGUCACCACACAGUUCGUCACGAAGGCGGUGGUCGAGAUCACGCUCCCGCUCUCUCUCGAGACCGAGGAGGAGGUCGUCGCCGUCCACUUGUAGCUCAUCGUGUUCCAGUUCUAGGUCGCGGUCACGCUCCAGCUCCGUCAAAACCAGAGACAGAUGGGGUUAUAGAUUUUCAAGAAGAUCCAGGUCCCAUAGUCAGUCUCGGUCUCGUUCACGAUCUCGUUCUCGUUCCUCACAUUAUAGCAGAGUCUCAAGAUCUCGAUCACCGUUAUGGGGAUCAAGGAGACGGUCACGUUCCCCACACCAUCGACUUUCUUCAAGAUCGAGGAGAAUGGAAAUGACAGACAGAGACCGACAAGUAGAGGAGCGUAGAGUAAUAUAUAUCGGGCGAAUAUCUGAGGGCACUACCAAAGCAGACCUACGUCACCGCUUCCAAAAGUUUGGAGACAUUGUGGAUAUCAGUGUACACUUUAGAGAACAUGGGGAUAAUUAUGGGUUUGUAACUUUCAAAAGUAGAGACGAAGCUUACAAUGCAGUUGAACAUGGAAAUGAUGAUUCGUCUCUUCCACGAUACGAUUUGUGUUUUGGAGGCCGGAGAGCAUUCUGCAGAGUUCAGUACUCAGACUUGGAUGCCCAGGCCAAUGAUUCCCAUUAUCUUGGAGGUCCAGCAGAAGGUCCUAUUGCAAGAAGAAAUCCAGGUUCGAGCAUGGACUUCGAUUCCCUCCUCCGAGCAGCUAUGAGUAAAAAGACACGAUGACCUUUGGGUUCUUUAGUCUUUAUCAAUGUAGAAAGAAGCAUUAGCUGACCUGUCAUGUAUAUAGACUUAUAUUUAAAAAAUUUGAAUUAUAGUUAUCAAAGUUGAAAGUGUUAGUAAUUUUUUUUUUUUUUUUGGCUCAUGGAUUUUUCCUGACAUAAUACAUUUGUUACUGUGACAAUAUUUUAAAUGGGAAUUGCUCCCUAUGGUUUUAAAUAUUUGUACAUAUCUCAAGCAAUUUUUUUUUUAAUACAUCCAGUCAUGACAUUAGCAUCAUUUGGGUUGAGAUCUAUGUAUUUUAUCACGAGUCACGAAUAAUGAUCUUUUUUGCAGAUCAUUUGUGCUUGUGAGAUAGAUCUUGGGAACCUAAGGCAAUUUUGCAGCUGUUAAACUACAUUCAGAUUUCACACUGUGAUUUGUAAUAUCAUGUGACGUUGCUAAAGAGAUCCGGAGUGGAAGGUUCAUUAAUUCAUACAAAUAACAGUGGGUACCAUACCAAGGGUCAAAUUCUGCCGGUACUAGGUGCUGGGGCAUCUUUAAAGGCUUUUUGUUCUAUGUACACGUCUUCAUUUGUACAGUUAGAAAGCAGCCCUGUGAUAACUCUGAAUCAAAGUAGUCGUCAUUAAAUGUUUCUCAAGUGAACCAGCGGAUGAUUUACUGAUACAGGUAUAAGAGCUCGGCAACAACUUUGUGAGAAGUUCUUUGGCAGCUUUGAUGCGAAAUUGUUAUUGUCAUUCAAUAUUUAGCCAAUUGGGUAAUUUACUUGUGGCUAUAUGAUUUGUCCGAUUGGUCAAUACCACUAUCAAAUCACAUUACAUUGAAUUUGACAUGACAAUGCCCUUCUCUUCCCCGAUACUAGUGCAGGUUAUCUCCUGAAGCAAGGAUGACAACUUUUAGUGUUUGGCUCUUUUAUGAGUACAGUACCUGUAUUUUUUGUUGAAUUUUACCCAUGAAUCAUUUAAGAUUUUGUUCAGCCAUAAGUGACAAGUCUGCUGAAGCAGGAUAAGUAUACUCAUUCUUUUAAUUUUUUUCAAAAUCAAAAUGGAGUUUUUAGAUAGUUUCAUUAGACUGGGUAAUUAAGGUGUUUUAGUAGGGCCCGUCUGCACUUACCAAGUGGUCCUAGGGUACUAGCUAGAAACCUGGCAUAAUGGUUAGAUUUUACGAUAACUGGUAUCAUUUCUGACAGACACUACGACUAAAUGCACACGUCUUUGGGCAGAUGCCUUAUUACGCGUGCUCUGACCAUGAGAAUUGAGACAGUCAUGAACUUGUUGGUUCAGCUUACUACUGACUUAGGAUUUCUACCCCGCCCCCCCUCCCUCCUAUUCCCCCCUGACACUAUCAUCGUAAAUAUUUUAAGACACUGGGCUACAUUUGUUGUUUUGGUUUUUAAAGUUUACAGAUGCUGCAAUAAUUCUAAUACAAUUUUAAAAAUUGUGUUGAUAGAAGGAAAAAUUUGUAUACAGUAUUUGCAAUUAGUGACAUGAGCAUAGCAGCUACCAUGUUUUUUCAGGGAAAUUUUAAGCCUUUUAGGGAACCUAAUGUUAGCCCUAUGUAGUGUUUUCUUUGAUUUUUCUAGUUAUUUUUGUAUUAAAUUUGCUGCAGAAUAUAACUGUUAGAAAAGUAGUGAUGAUAGACAAACUUGUAAUGUUAAUAAUAACAUACGUAUAUUAUAUAUAUAUUAUAUAUAUAAUAUAUAUGUGGGAUCUGCAUCGUAUUCACAUUUAUCUUGUGUGUGUCACAAGCACAAGCUUUUAGUUAGCAUCAUUUGUAGAAUGAUUUCCAGUAGACAACAGUGGAUGGGGAAGGCUGUAUUAAAAGUGGAUGGGGUUAUAGUUAUCAGCCAGUGUUUAUUUUUUACCCUUAUGAGGGGGGUAAUAGAGUAUUAAUAUAAAUGGGAGAUACAGUAUGUUUCUGGUGCUAUUAAAACGUGUAAGUGAAAUUUUGAGCAAAUGGUUAAAUUGUUUAGAAAAAAGAAACUUCUCGUGACUUGUAAGAUGGCUGCUCGGUGCCAUGUGUUUCACGCAUAGUACUUCAUAUGUUAAUAGCAACAUAAUGUGUCAACUGUAUGUUGUAAAAUCCAUUCAAAGUGGGAUGCAGGGAGUGGUGUGUGUGUGUGUGUGUGUGCUGGAUAUACUGUUUUCAUGUUGUGGAUGCUUUCCAACUUGAUUUUCUCAGGUCGUGACCUUGGAUGAUGAUGCCCGGUUGAAAAGGGCUAAAUAAGAAGAAAUAUUCGAAGUUGACUAUUGUUUGUUAAUGUCAAUUUGUUGAUAUGAGUAAGUCACUUUUAUCACUUGCACAGUGAUCAAAUUAUACUUAAAAGUUUUAAGUUGUUCAGUUUGUGUGUAAUUUUUCAAGAGUAAUAAAAGUAACAAAUUCUGUGAUGUUUUCAAAAGUAUAAAACAGUGUCUGUGUGUUAAUGUCAUCAUUUGGAUAAUAUUAUUUGGUGGGGGAGGAAGGGGUGUUUAUAGUAUGUAUUGCAAAAAAUAUUUCUGCACAUGGUUUUAUACAUUUUGAAAAUUAAAGAUUAUUAUAUGAUAUCAUCACAGAUGUGUCAAAACCUUUAGCAAAUUUUCAUCAUUAUUUGCUUUGUAGGAAUCAUAAUUGUUUUGCUGUUUGAUUGUGAAGGUUUUGGCAUAGUGGGUGGUGAUGUGCCAUAGUCUCUAUAUAUAAAAACUAUAUCAUGUAGAUUAUAGUUAUACAAGAGAACAAUGUGCGGCAAAUUAUAUAUUGUUCAUGUUUACUUUCUUACCAUAGAUCACAUUAUGGGUUAAAUUCUUAUAUCUACUGUACACUGUUGUUUAAUAUAAACGAGUAGAAAACAUUUUCUCUAAAUACUCAUUUUUGGUUUGAAGGUUUUUAAUAAAUAGGUUGUACGUGGUUCAGGUUGGCGCCUCUUGCUUGUCGUAGAUGUGAGACGUUGCUCUUUGAUGGUAGCCGAUAGUAUUUUUGUAUAAAUUAAAAAAAAAGUCCAAAAAUAAACCAAUGACAAAACCAUAAUGAUGACUAAAGACUGGCGUGUGGAAGAGUGGUUAAUGUGGGGGAUGGUGUUCAGGGAGACUUCACAAUACAUAAUGUGAAUCUGUUUUUUGUAUUUGGGCUCCCUUGAAGUUGAACAGUAAGGAGGAGCUACCCAUUCACACUUUCAUUCUUACUUUUUUCAUAACAAAUGUGAUACUGUUUGGAUGGACUGUAUAAUUUUAAGUACAUGAUGUAUAAACACUUCCACACAUUCACUGUUAGUUUCUUCAUAAAUGAUGUGAUAAGAUUGUUUGGAAGUAUAAUUUUAAGACUGGAUGAUAAGAAUAUAGUGGGGGGGGUGUCUUUCUGAAGCAUUAACCAGGACUAGCAGAACAUUGGGGGCAAUGGACUAGGUGUCCGGAAGAUCCAGAUAAGUAGAAUUUAAAUUUGCAGUGUCUGAUAAAAUUUUAAUAAUUCAACACAUUUUUAUUUGGCAUAUUACAAUUUUUUUUUUUUAGUGAUUUUUACUGUAGUAUCAAAAUAAGUGCAAAUGUGUGUUUUUAAGUGUUUACACUAAUGUAAUCUGUAACUGAAACGAUGAAAAAUAGCAAAAUGUCAAUUACAGUGGACGAAUGGAAGUGCUCGGAACAUCUAGACACGGUCAAGCCAUCCGAGCGAGAUAGUGCCUCGAGUACAGUGCAUUUUAACCUCUCGGCUAGUAAAGCCUAAUUUUAUUUAAAAUGAGUUUUUUAAUUGUUUUAACAAGCAUAUGGACUGCAUUAGAUUGCAUCAUGGCCCAUAGCCAAGAUACAGUAUAUCAAAAUUUAUUGCACACUUUUUUUCCCUCCAAUAGUGAAUAUAAUUAAAUAUAUUAGGUUCAUUUUAAUGGUCAAAAUGUUUCUUCCCCCAACUAAGCCUUGUUGUGUGGUUCUGGCUAAGUUUGAGAUUAUAUAUAUAUAUAUAUAUAUAUAUAUAUAUAUAUAUAUAUAUAUAUAUAUAUAUAUAUAUAUAUAUAUAUAAAUAAUAUGUAAUUUAUUUUAUUCUUAUUCACAUUGUAUAGUACAUACAUUGUGGAGUCUCGCUUUUCUGUGCUGCCGUAUUUGGGACUUGACUCGUUCCAUUAAAUCAUGGAUUUUGUAAUAUUUUGCUAUUUCUUACCAAUUUAUUUUUAUGUAAAUGGUAGCAAACAUCUUUGAUAAUGUAAACACAAAUAAAUGAAAAGGAUUUUUAAUAUAAAAUCAAAUCAAAUGUACUGAAUAUUUUGUUCAUGCCUUUUUGUGAAUUUGUCGUAACCAAGUGUGGAACAUGUCUCUGGUCUUUAUACCUCGUAUGCCUUUGACGGCACUCGUGUAUUUUUAGAUCUCGUAUUGGCAUCCCAAGUGAUAUUUAGGAAAUUUGUAAAUGUCUCCAUGACACAGUGCUAAGUAGU